AUGGGGAAACUUAUUCGCCUUGAGCUUUUCAAUUUCAAAUCCUACAAGGGACAUCAUGUUUUGCUGUUUGGAGAUGCCUACUUCACAUCCAUUAUCGGACCUAAUGGGUCUGGCAAGUCCAACUCGAUGGAUGCAAUUUCUUUCGUCUUGGGAAUAAAAUCAUCACAUCUGCGGUCUACGAACCUACGCGAUCUCGUCUACCGUGGCCGUGUCCUGCGCACAUCGAAAGUCGACGCCGAUGGCAACGCUACCGAUGCGGUACCGAACGGAGAAGAGCAAAACGAAAACGGCGUCGACGGGGAGGAAUCGCAGGAUCCCAGUGGAUUGAAUGAUCCAAAAUCCGCAUGGGUCAUGGCCGUGUACGAGGAUGAUGCGGGCGAGGAGCAGCAAUGGCGACGGUCGAUCACAAGCUCCGGUGUUAGCGAAUACCGAAUCAAUAAUCGCAUCGUGACUGCGCAACAAUACAACGAGGCUCUUGAGGCGGAAAAUAUUCUGAUCAAAGCGCGCAAUUUCCUGGUCUUCCAGGGUGACGUUGAGGCGAUUGCUUCGCAGUCCCCCAAGGACUUGACGCGGUUGAUUGAGCAGAUUUCAGGAAGUCUUGAAUACAAAGCUGAAUACGAACGUCUUAAGGCGGAAGCUGAGGAGGCCGCGGAGCAGCAGACUAUCCAGCUCAACCGACGGAGAGGAAUCAAUUCUGAAAUUAAGCAAUACCAAGAGCAAAAGCGUGAGGCCGAAAACUAUGCUAGGAAGGCAGAGGAACGUGACCAGGCGGAGAUCACUCACAUUCUCUGGAAGCUUUUCCAUUUCCAGCGUUUGAUUGACGCGUCCAGCUCGGAUAUCCAGAAGUACCAAGAGGAACUCAAGGAAUAUCGUCGCGGAGUUGAGAAAUAUGAGAAGAAUGUUGAGAACGCCAAGGUAGAGCAUGCGAAGGUUGGCAGAGAUGUGGCCAAGGCAGAGAGAAAUAUUAUCAAGAAGGAGAAAGAUAUCGAAGAGGCGACCAACGCCUUGGUCCCUGUGGACGAAAAGGUUGAUAUCACCAGGAAGAAGGUAGAGAGGUUUGCCUCUCGGAUUGCCGAAAUUGGCAAGGAACGGGAUUCCCAGGCGGCCAAUGUGAAACAAUUGGAGAAGGACCUCAAAGUCAUCGAAAAAGCUCAGGCUCAGUGGGAGGCUGAAUGGCAUAAGACAAUGAGUAAACGGGGCGGUCAACUGAGCGAAUCUGACCAGCAGGAGUACAAAAUGCUCAAAGACGAAGUCAGCAAGCGAUCGUCUGCGGAGCAACUCAAUCUCGACAAUCUAAGGCGUCAGAGAAAGACGGAAGCCGAGGCCUACAACAGUUUGAAGAGCAAGUUUGACUCAACAGAGUGGCAGCUCAAGAGCUUAGAAACUGAUACGCAGACCUUGACGGAGCGCAAAUCAGCUUUGAACGACACGGUCAAGACCACUUCUAAGGAGAUUGACCGCAAGAAGAAGGAAUUGAAUGCGCUUACCUCGGAGCGCUUGCGCAUCUCUCAGAUGAGGACAGAGCUUGAGGAGAAAGUCCAGGUCGUCUUGAAAAAGCUUCUUGAGGCUGACGAUGGCAAGAAGCAAACAGAGAGGGAACUAAGAGCUAAGGAGCUAAUCUCGACCUUGAAGCGCAUAUUUCCUGGUGUGAAGGGCCGUGUCAGUGAUCUUUGCCGACCUAAGCAGAAGAAAUAUGCCGAAGCCGUCAGUACGGUGCUGGGUCGUCACUUUGAUGCCAUCGUCGUCGAUAAUGAGAAGACCGCCAAGGAGUGCAUCCAGCACCUCCGAGAUCAGAGAGCCGGGCAGGCAACUUUUAUCCCUCUGGAGACCAUCCAAGUCAAAGCCUUCAACUCAAAUCUGAAAGGCAUUCACCGAGGAAUGCGCCCAGCUAUUGAAACGGUAGACUACGACGAAUCUGUUGCAAGGGCCAUCAGCUAUGCCUGUGGAAACGCCAUUGUCUGUGAUGAUUUGGCGACAGCCAAGUACCUUUGCUAUGAGAGGAACGUAGACGCAAAAGCCGUCACMCUCGAUGGAACUGUGAUUCACAAGGGUGGUUUGAUGACUGGUGGUAGAGGCCCCCAACAGAAUUCAAAGCGAUGGGAGGAUUCCGAGGUUGAGAAUCUUCACAAGCUCAAGGACAAACUGAUGGCCGACCUCGCCAACCUGCCUAAGGGCCAUCGCAGAGGCACUGAAGAAGAGACUUUGCAAGGUGAAUUGGUGGGUCUGGAGCAGCGCCUAGCCUACGCGCAAGAGGAGCUCAAGGCUCUCGAAAGAAACCUCAAGAGCAAGCGCACGGAAUUAGAUUUCGUGAAGCGCCAGCUCGAAGACUUGAGACCAAAAUACAUGGAACGCCAGGAAGCUCUUGAAGAACUCGACCAGACCAUCGCCCAAUCGCAAGAGUCUGUCAGCAGCAUUGAGGAUGAAAUCUACCGCAAAUUCUGCAAGCGCCUGGGUUACGCUAACAUUCGUGAAUACGAGGUCCAACAAGGGUCCUUGCAAGAGGAGGCCGCUCAGAAGAAACUCGAGUUUACGACUCAGAAAAGCAGGAUUGAGAAUCAACUCAGCUUCGAGAGGCAACGACUUCAGGCGACGAAUGAUAGGAUUGCCAGCCUUCAGGCACAGCAUGAGCGGGAUGAGAGUCUAAUCGAGGAACUCAAAGCCGAACAAGAGCAAAUCCGGAAUCAGCUGGAUGAAUACAAUGCUGAGCUGGAUGUCCUUAGGGAGCGACUGCAGGAGCAAAAAGAGGCUUAUGCGCAAUCAGCGGAGAACCUCGCACGGCAGCGCCGGGAACUUCAGAAACGCAGCAAGGACGUUGAAGGCAUCCUAAAGAAUGUUAGCGCCUUGGAGACCGAAAUCCAACGUAACUCGUCCAGCCGAUAUGCUGUCCUAAGGCGCUGCAAACUCGAGGAUAUCAACAUACCUCUCACGGAAGACUCUAAUUCGCUUGAUCAACUGCCUAUCGAUGACAUUGUUCAGACAGCCGACCCUGAUGCAAUGGACGUUGAUGAGGAUGCCAAUGAUGGAAGUGGUAAAGUGCAAGACUAUGGUAUUGAAGUCGAUUUUGACUCGCUAGGGGAGACCCUCAAGGAGGAGGGCGACGAAAAGGUAGAAGAGGAACUGCUCGACAGGAUCAAAACUCUCAACAGCGAGUUGGACAAGAUGGCGCCGAAUACACGUGCAAUGGAGCGUCUAGAAAGCGUUGAAAACAAGCUGCGAAGCACUGAGAAGGACUUUGAUGAGGCACGCAAACGGGCUCGGAAGGCCAAAGACGAUUUUGAGGAAGUGAUGCGAAAGCGAUCAGAUCUCUUCAACAAGGCGUUCUCUCACAUCUCGGAGCAAAUUGGCCCCAUCUACCGUGAGCUGACUCGCAGUGCCAAUUAUCCAUUGGGAGGGCAAGCGUACUUGGACAUUGAGGACUCUGACGAGCCAUACCUCGAUGGUAUCAAAUAUCACGCCAUGCCCCCUCUCAAACGUUUCCGGGACAUGGAGCACCUAUCCGGUGGUGAGAAGACUAUGGCUGCGCUGGCUCUGCUCUUCGCCAUCCAUUCUUACCAGCCAUCGCCCUUCUUUGUGCUGGACGAAGUUGACGCUGCCCUUGACAAUACCAAUGUGGCUCGCAUCGCCAACUAUAUCCACGAUCAUGCGGCUCCUGGCAUGCAGUUCAUUGUCAUUAGCUUGAAAACUGGGCUGUUCCAGAACAGUGAAGCAUUGGUUGGUAUCUACCGAGACCAGGUCGAAAACAGCAGUAAAUCCUUGACGCUUGAUCUCCGGAAAUACAACUAA